ACUUCUGAAUGGGACUCGGAAUGCCUUACGUCCCUGCAGCCCCUUCCUCUUCCUCCGCCUCCAGCCGCGAAUGAGGCACAUCUGCAGACUGCAGCCAUCUCCCUGUGGACAGUGGUGGCUGCUGUGCAGGCCAUAGAGAGGAAGGUGGAGGUCCACAGCCGGCGACUUCUCCACCUAGAAGGCAGGACAGGGACAGCAGAGAAGAAACUAGCCAGCUGUGAAAAGACAGUGACUGAGCUUGGGAACCAGCUGGAUGGCAAGUGGGCUGUGCUGGGGACCUUGCUGCAGGAGUAUGGGCUGCUGCAGCGGCGGCUGGAGAACCUGGAGAACUUGUUGAGAAAUAGGAACUUCUGGAUCCUGCGGCUGCCCCCAGGUAUUAAAGGAGAUAUCCCAAAGGUGCCUGUUGCAUUUGAUGACGUCUCCAUCUACUUUUCCACCCCGGAGUGGGAAAAAUUAGAAGACUGGCAAAAGGAACUUUACAAGAAUAUCAUGAAGGGCAACUGCGAGUCUCUCAUCUCCAUGGAUUAUGCCAUGAGUCAACCUGAUGUCUUAUCUCAGAUUCAACCAGAAGGAGAACACAGUACAGAUGACCAGCCAAGACCAGAGGCAAGUGAGAUUCCUGCAGAUGCCAGUGAAGAGCCUGGCCUUUCAACCUCAGAUAUCCUGUCUUGGAUUAAACAAGAGGAAGAGCCUCAGGUUGGAGUCCCCCAGGAGUCCAAAGAGAAUGAGCUGUACAAAGGCUCCUAUGCUGAUGAAGAACUUGUCAUCAAAGCUGAAGACCUUGCUAGAGCCUCCUUGUGUCCUGAAGUUCCAGUCGCCUUUUCUGCCCCCCUACCACAAGCAGCCAAGGAUACGUUUUCAGAUGUAGCUUUCAAAAGCCAGCAGUGUGCACCCAUGACACCUUUUGGACGCACAGCCACUGACUUGCCUGAAGCCUCAGAAGGACAAGUGACUUUUACUCAGUUAGGAAGCUACCCACUUCCACCUCCAGUUGGAGAGCAGAUGUUCUCAUGCCACCAUUGUGGCAAGAGUCUCAACCAAGACAUGUUAAUGACACAUCAAUGUAGCCAUGCUGCUGAACACCCCUUAACCUGUGCACAGUGUCCUAAGCACUUUGCCCCACAGAUGGAUCUCGGUAGCACCUCCCAGGACCAUGCCAGCGAAACACCACCCACCUGCCCUCAUUGUGCCCGGACUUUUACUCACCCCUCAAGACUCACAUACCACCUUCGGGUCCACAACAGCACUGACCGCCCUUUCCCCUGUCCUGAUUGUCCCAAGCGCUUUGCUGACCAGGCUCGACUCACCAGCCAUCGGCGAGCCCAUGCUAGCGAGAGGCCCUUCCGUUGCCCACAGUGUGGUCGUAGCUUUAGCCUGAAGAUCAGUCUCCUGCUGCACCAGAGGGGACAUGCACAGGAGCGCCCCUUCUCCUGUCCUCAGUGUGGCAUUGACUUCAAUGGCCACUCUGCACUGAUUCGUCACCAGAUGAUCCACACAGGCGAGCGUCCAUACCCGUGCACAGACUGUAGCAAGAGCUUCAUGCGUAAGGAACACUUGUUAAACCACCGGAGGCUGCACACAGGUGAGCGGCCUUUCCAGUGUCUGCACUGUGGCAAGAGCUUCAUCCGCAAACACCACCUCAUAAAGCACCAGCGCAUCCACACAGGCGAGCGGCCCUACCCCUGCGCACUGUGUGGAAGGAGCUUCCGCUACAAGCAGACACUCAAGGACCACCUGCGGACCGGUCACAGUGGAGGCUGUGCCGGUGAUAGGGAUCCUUCCACACAGCCACCAGACCCACCUGGUCCACUCUUAACGGCCCUGGAAACCUCUGGCCUAGGUGUUAGCACUGAAGGUCUAGAAUCUAGUCAGUGGUAUGGGGAAGGGAAUGGAGGGGUGGUUUUGUAGACCUGUGGCCCAUUGGUUAUUUAUGUUCACAGCAGAGCAGAAGGUCAAGGAGAAAGCCUACAAGCUCCACAACCCACAGUAAUUAUUAUCUGGUACAUAAAGGAAUUUGGGAGUCUAUACUCAACUAGAGACAUGCUUGUGCUUUGGAAGUCCACAACAGUACAAGAAUACCAUAUUUUGAAAACUGGAAGAGAAUCCAGCACCUAUGUCUUUUCAGAUACCACAAAAUCAGGGUUUGGGAUUGAGAUUUAGCUUCUGGUCAUUCUGUCAGGAUAGCAGGUAAGAGUUGCCUCUAGGUAGAAACAGAUGCAUGGAAAGAGCCCCCAAACCUCAAAGCCAUCUGGAGGCAUGAGAAUGCUCCGAGCCUUUCUUUAACCCCUCAGUGAUGAGAUGACUGUUGGGAGAAUGCGCUUUAGCUUCUUAUGUCACUGUGAAACUAGCUACUUUCUGUUCACACCUGUGUUCACACCUUUCCCUUAAACAUGAUUAUUGGAGGCUGCCUUCCUAGGCCUAGAUUCUGCUAAUACAUUUUUGUUUAAUGUUGAUGAACAAGAAAGCUGACUUUUUUAGCUUAUUUAAGGGGACAGUUCUUAGUUUUUACUAGCUUGAUUUGAAACAUUCAGACUCUUGUAUCAGCUUUUAAAAGGGUAGAGAACUUUACCACAGUCCUAGUUAGAAAAUUAGGAGGAGAGUUUUUUCAGGUUUAGGAGCUAACUAUCCCAGAAAUCCCAGAUACAACAGUGAGAUCAUGGUCUAAAAGUUUGCCUGAAUCAUGAGUUUAGAGUCAUCCCUUUUCUUCAAGCCGGUGAUCUUGUUUUUCCAUUUCUGAUGUUUGAUUCUCUCUCAAUCUCUCUUCCUCCCUUCUGCCCACCUCUCUCUCCUGUAUAUCCUGGCCUAGAACUUGCUUCAUAGACCAGGCUGGACUUGAACUCUGAGAUCUUCCUGCCUCUGCCUCAUGUUCUGGGUACACCAUCAUGCCCAACCUCUUUACAAUCUUUACAAUCCUUACAGUACUUUGUCAAGGCAUCCAACACUUCAGAAAGUGCCACUGAGCUCAGGGCUUUUGUUCCCUCCUGGUGUGAUAGCAGUGUUGUAAUGUGACGUGCUUGAGGAAAGGAUUUUCAUCUCUGCCUGCUCCCACCCCCCCUGGCAGUGAACAGAGUGAGACCCCUCCUCAGUCACUGAGAACUAGAUAUCAAUCAUAUCUGCCUUACCUGUUGUGCUAUUUUUAGACAGGACUUCACUAUGUAGCCCUAGCAGGCCUGGAACUCAGAUCUGCCUGACUCUGCAUCCAGAAUGCUAGGAUUAAAAGCAUGAACUAUCAUGCUCAGCCAUCUGUUGUACUUUGAGGGGUCAUGGCUACCAUGUGUUCUUCUCUUGGACUCAGUCAUCUGAGAGCACCUGAACCUAGUUCUAUCCCUAAGUAUCUGUGCAAACGGGUGUGUCCUCUUCCUUUUUUAGCUCUCACAUUUCUGUCACCAGAAUGAAGCUGUUGAAAGAAAAGGUGAACCUCUAGAAUCUUUUUAAAAAGAAAGAAUCUCUUGACACACUUUCUUUUUUGCCAAAAUCCUGUCCUUCCUUUGGCUUCUGUCCAGACAAAGACAAAUGAGGCAGAAAAACCAAAGCAGAGAAACUCGUGUAGAAACUUGGUGGAAAUCAGUUUGUCUUGUUGUUCUGCUUAGUGGGCCCUACAGUAGAAGAGGCCCUGUAUUUGGGACAGGAAACUGUUUACUCCCACACCCUGCAUUCCCCCAGAAUAUUCUGUGAUAUCUAGAAUGCGAUCUAUAACUGUUUGUUUACACAUGACACUUUCUGGGUAAGGAAGAAAAUGCUUUCUCCUUAUUACUAGGCCCAACCUUCAAUUUUCAUAGUUGGUGUAACCAUGAUAGAUGAUGGUGUUUGCCUAGUUACUGUGCUCCUGUCAACGUUCUACCUGAACAUGCUGCUCUUCAGGACAAUCAUAUAUAUAAAUCACUGUUUCAUGACAUUAAUAAUACCAAGGAUCCCAGGAAACAUAAGAAGUAUGUGUGAGACCUAGCCUGCUGUUCUAACUUUCAGCCUGUUGGCAGGGAAAAUCCCAAAGGGAUAAACAAGACAGAUGAUGGCAGAACUGUGGUCUAUUGGGAUAAAGAGCUUAGCCAGAAUCUGGACCAUCCCACAGGAAAACUUGGGAAUUCUGAAAUCCCAAAAUCAGGUUCAGCUUCAUUAGUGGCCCACUAGGGGCUUGAAUGUGAUAUUUGCACCUGAAAAAGAAGGAAUCAAAGUAUUAUCCUCAGGGUGAGCUGAAGAAGAGAUACCUACUGAAGCUGCAGUGUGGGGCUAGAUAACAUCUAAAGUUCAUCUGAACUCAACAGAUUUACCAAGGAUGCAAAAGUUAUUGAGAGGCCUAUGUACCAGAGUGAUACCAACGGAUCCCAGUGCCUGUUCUGUUAGGAGCCAUAGCCAGCAGGGAUCUUGAAUAUAGCUCAAAUGCCAACCAAACAAGAGCCAUAAAACCAAAUAAAAGGGAAUGUGCAGGGCCAUCCCAGAAACUUGGAAGCAUGUGGAAUCAAUACUAAUCCUUAGUCUGGCUCAAAGUAGGGACUUCAGCUGUUGUAUAAUCAAUUCUUUCCAUUCACCAAUCUAUCAAGUAGAACCUAUUUGUCAAAGUUCAAAAGAGGCCCAUUGGAAAAUGUAAAAUUCAACAGAAGUUUUCAGCAAGUAGAAUGUCUACCUGGUGUCUUGAGAGAAACUAUACAUUUAACCCUGUAACUAAAGAGGCACCUGGAACCUUGUGCUCAUGACUAGUUCCUAUAGGGAAGAGGAACCCCCAGAAGUGUCCUACUAAUCUCUCUGUCCCCUAGAUGAUGGCCCAAAAACUGUUCCUCAGAGUGCAUCCAAGAGUUGGCUCUAACCAGAACUACUCUUUACUUGCUGGAGUUUUUAUUGUCAACACUGAAUGAGCCUCUGGUUCAGCCACAAAUAUGAAAAUAAAUGGUUAAUUGUUUAGAAAGUGAAAGAUGAUUGA